GAACUUCGUACUUCCGUGAUAGAGCGCGCGUACAUUAGCGAUCAACUUUUUGUUACUAGACGGAUCUGAGUUUAUUUCGAUCUAAAAGUAGGAAUGUUUAGUUGGUUGAACCAUAAUGACAAUCGAAAACAACAUUUAGACAUUUUUGAGUCAGUUACUCCUGGACUUAAGCAUUGCUAUUUCAAGAAACUAAAGCCACUUGAGGAAGCCUAUAAGUAUUAUGACUUUCAUCAACCUUCUUUGGAGGAAGCUGAUUUUGAGGCGAAGCCAAUGAUAUUGUUGGUUGGGCAAUACUCUACUGGCAAAACUAGUUUUAUUAGACAUCUUCUUGAGGAGGAUUUUCCCGGGAUGAGAAUAGGCCCCGAACCAACAACUGAUAAGUUUAUAAUAUUAACCGGUGGAUCCCAGAAGAGUAUUAUUCCAGGGAACGCGUUAGUUGUUGAUACAAGCAAACAAUUUAGACAACUAUCAAAAUUUGGAAAUCAUUUCCUGACAAGGUUACAGUGUUCUAUUCUUGAGAAUAAAGUUCUUGAUAGCUUAACGAUCGUAGACACUCCUGGAAUCUUAUCGGGUGAGAAGCAGACUUUGGAUAGAGGAUAUGAUUUUGGUGCUGUAAUAGAGUGGUUCGCUGAGCGAGUUGAUAGAAUUAUUUUAUUGUUCGAUGCACAUAAGCUAGACAUAUCUGACGAAUUGCGCAUCGUAAUUGAAUCAAUUAAAAGAUAUGAGGAAAAAGUUAGGAUUGUUCUUAAUAAAGCAGACAUGGUAGAUAGUCAACAACUGAUGAGAGUGUAUGGAGCUCUUAUGUGGUCAUUAGGUAAGGUUUUGAGUACUCCAGAAGUUGCUAGGGUAUAUAUAGGAUCAUUUUGGGCCCAACCUUUAAAAUUUGAUGAAAAUCGACAUAUUUUUGAGAAAGAAGCAAAUGAUUUGUUUAAUGAUUUGCAAUGUUUACCGAGCCACGCUGCUGUCAGAAAAGUAAAUGAUCUAAUUAAAAGAGCUCGAUUAGCCAAGGUUCACGCCUACAUUAUUGCUUAUCUGAAAAGAGAAAUGCCAAGAUUUUUAGGUAAGGAAAAGAAAAAGAGGGAAUUGAUUAAAAAAUUAGGAGAUAUUUUCAAUAAAAUUCAACAUCAAAAAACUAUUCCUCAUGGAGACCUACCCGAUAUAGACCGCUUUCGUAGAAAUCUUCAAUUUCAAGAUUUUACGAAAUUCAAACUUUUGAAAGAAAAAUUAAUUGAUGAUACUGAAUAUAUGUUAUCAAAUGAUAUUUCAAAGUUAAUGAAAUUGAUACCUCAUGAAGAAAAAAAAUACAAAAAAAGCGAAGCCUCUGUAAAAGGUGGAGCUUUUGAAAAUGUAAAGGGUUCCCCCUUUAAUAUUGGAUAUGGUGAAGGCGUGGACAAGGGACGUGGAACAGGAUCUUGGAUUGUUGAAAAUAAAAAGCCAGAAUAUAUGAAAUUAUUUCAAAGUUUGAAUCCAGUAAAUGGAAAGCUAAAUGCGUCGGUCGCUAGAGAUGAGUUGACUAAAUCGCAGCUUACUGGCCACGUCCUCUCUAAGAUUUGGAAGCUUUCUGAUGUUGACAAAGACGGAAUGCUGGACGGGGAUGAGUUUUGUCUAGCAGUACACCUUGUGGACGUGGCAAAAAAAGGAUACGAAUUACCUACUAAGCUUCCUGGCCAUUUAAUUCCUCCUGGAAAACUUGUUUGCAAAUGA